AUCUUUUGUCCUUUAGAAAUGGUCUGAAGGAACAGGAAUCUUGGUAUUAUUGUUUAAAAUAAGAGAUUAAUGUGCCAACCCAAAAGAUUAAUGUGCUAAAUCAUGCAGUUUGUUUAUAGAAGUUCCUGUGUUGCAAAAUCGCCCUGAAUGCAACUUUGUUCCUUGCAGAAAACUAAACUAAACAAACAACAACAAAAGAUAUACACGUUGUACAUCCAUCCAUCCAUUUUCUUCACCGCUUAUCCUCACGAGGGUCACUGGAGCCUAUCCCAGAUGACAACGUUGCAGGAGGCGGGGUACAUCCUAAACUGGUUGCCAGCCAAUCGCAGGGCAGAUUGAGACAAACAGCCGCAGUCACAAUCACACCUACCGGCAAUUUAGAGUGUCCAAUUAAUGUUGCAUAUUUUUGGGAUGUGGGAGGAAAACCGCAGUGCCCGUAGGAAACCCACGCAGGCACGGGGAGAACAUGCAAACGCCACACAGGCAGGUCCGGGAUUGAACCAGGGACCUCAGAACUGUGAGGCCAACGGUUUACCAGCUGAACCACCGUGCCACCAAGUACAGAUACUUCUUUUGAAAUACAUGGCGGUGAGUCAGAGGAUCCUGAACUCCACCGCCCCGUUCUCUGGGUCGCCGCUGGCGGAUCUGAAGUCCUCGUACCCAAAAUGCACUGCGGCGGAGAAAGGGACGCAGCGGCAGCAUCACCGACAGCAGAAACACCAGCAGCAGCAGAAACAGGGCGAAGAGGAGGAGGAGGAAGAGCAGUGGAAAAGCAGCAAAGGGGACUUCGUCGCACGUUUGAGCCCGCUGUUGAACAAAGUGCUGACUCAGGGCACUGCCGAGCAAGUCGGACAGACGCCGCUGAAGAGCUCCCCCUUCAUCGCGCAGGCUGAAUGUGAAACCCAGGACUCCCAGGAGUUCAGUCCGUCCUGCUUCGAGCGCUCCUACAUUCCCUCGUCCAGCAGUUUUGUCGUCAGUCUCCGGCCAGAGCGCAACAACGUGGCCUCUCCGACCUCGGCCUCCGUCCAGGCCCCGGCCCCGGCCCCGCUCCUUCCGAAGAAGAAGACCCGGAAAAGGGUGAAGCGCAAAGGCCGGAAAAAAAUCCCAUGGGAGAAGGCGGAGAAAGAGGAGGAGAAGCCAGAUAUCAAAUACCGCACGUAUAUCGCUGUGCCCUCUGGAGUCCCUGAACAGGAGAGUGGGACUUCCCUGGAGCACAUCCAAGAUCACUCGCUGCGAGGAAGAAGGAGCCGCCUCAGUUCUUCGUGCCGCAGCAGCGUGGAGAGCUCCGAAGAGCAGGAUGUCGCGCCCGCUUUCUAUCGCGCAAAGCUCCGCAACGCAAGCUCCGGCUGCUCCCCGCUGGCCUGGACCGAGCCGUUCCCCGGGAGCCUGCACAGCCUCCGCUCCUCCGGGCCGGACAGCGAGUCGCUCAGCAGCGCCGGCGACUGCUCGCUGGCCCUCGCCGGCCUGCGGGGCAGCGUCAGCCAGGGCGACCCGUGUUACGCGGGGCCCUUCUUCAAAGAGGUGGAGCGCGCCGCGUGGGAGGCGGACGAAGACAAGUGGCGAUCCGACCACUCCGUUGACAACGAGGGGAUCAUUUUUUACAACGAAAACAUCCAGCCGGUUGAUUCGGAGUACAAGGAAGGAAGCGAGUUUGUGCUGUCAGAGUUCAUCAAGGAAGGCUGCUACGGCGAAGUCCACAGCGCCCGCGACGUCAACACGGGCUUCGAGUUUGCUGUCAAAAAGAUCGCCCUGAAGAGGUUCAACAGCGAGGAGGCGAGCACGUGGAGUGCCCUCCGAUCCCCUCGCAUCCUGGAGCUCUUCGGAGUCGUUCGAGACGGGCCUUACGUUUUCUUUCUCAUGGACCACAAAUCCGGCUCGCUGGGCCGGCUGAUAAUGCAGCGCGGGCGACUGCCAGAAGACCUGAGCCUUUACUACAUGUUGCAAGUUGCCACGGCACUGGAAUAUCUGGCCAAGAAGAAAGUGGUGCAUCUUGACGUCAAAGCCGACAAUGUGCUGCUGUCCGAGGACGGCCGAGACUCCUUCCUGUGCGACUUCGGCCACGCCGAGAGAUUGGACGCCGGCGGCCGGAGCCUCGCCGGAUCCCGAGACCUGAAGGGCACCGAGACGCACAUGGCCCCCGAAAUGGUGAGCGGUGAACCCCGUGGAGACAGAGCAGAUGUGUGGAGCAGCUGCUGCAUGUUACUGCACAUGCUCAACGGUUGUCAGCCUUGGACCAGAUAUUACAGCUGUAGACUCUUCCUGAAGAUAGCCAACGAGCCGGCGCCGCUCCGAGAGAUCCCGCCCGGCUGCGGCACCCUGACGGCGGAGCUCAUCGAGGCAGGACUGCAGAAGGAUCCCAACAAGCGAGCGUCGGCCAGCGACAUGAAGGAACGCACGGCCAGAGCGCUCAAGCAAGUGGGCGGAGUCAGAAGCCCGUGGAGCAGAGCCUACAUGCAGCCGCUCUACAUCACCAGAAAACUUCCCGACCCCCGGCGCGAAGACGAUGAGGAGCUGAAAACCGACAGGAGCGCAAUCGUGCAGCUGAAUGACAGCGACGGGGACGAGGACGAGGUCGACGCGUGCGAACGAGGAACCCGUUUCGAGGCAAACCAGACAAAAAACAGGAUCGCCGACACCGUUUCGGAACUGGAGCUGCGGAAACUGGAGCGAGAUUUCUACCUGAGCAGCCUUUCCCAGCUUCACUCUGCUGAAAUGCAGGAGCAGCUCCUGUCUUGCCUCAGCAGCGACGCCUACUCCAACCGGGAUCCCUGGGACAAAAAGGACUCGGGACGCUGGUCGCUGAGCCCCACCGACGACUGCAGUUCGGGGGUCUGUUCCGACAGCAGCCAGCCGGACGGGCACCGCAGCGUCAGUCUGGAGCUGCUGGGCCACUCGCCGCCUCAGCCGUGCUGCUUCCAAGGGGUGGACGUCCGCAUCAGGGACUUCGACGGAACGACCAUCCAAAUCCGGGAGACGCGGCGUGUGAAGGUGGGCCACAUCGCCACCGGCAUCAGCGAUCAGAUCUCCGAGAGAGUUUUCACAUUGCAGACCCAGCUGGGCCGCGAAGUGGCUCACGACGAGGAGGUGCAGGAGUCGGGCCUGAACCUGCGCUGCGUCCCGGCUCCCGACUUCAGCGCCUCUUGGAAGUGGCGGAUCAGAGACGGAGCCCUGGAGACCAGAUGAGAUUCGAAUACAAACGAAGCCCCCGAUUCAGUUUUUCCUAAUCUGGUUGUCCUCGUCCUUCACUGCCAUAAAACUACACGGUGACGCUGUGGUUUUUAAUGACAAAAAUGUACUUUGCCUAAACGAAACGAAAAUCUGAAGCAUUUAUUUCCACUGCAGGAAUUUCAUUCAGUGGUUGCUUUCUGUACCCUUCAAAAAAUAAAGAUAAGAUAAAGAUUGUAAUAAAUGGCACAAAAAUGUCUGUCGCUCGUAUCCGGUUUUGAGUUAAAAGCUUAUUUUGUUCCGUCGUGUUUUACACGUGUUAUUGUUGUUUAGUUUGUCAGUAAGUGUCAUUUCGGUGUAGUAUUGCAGCUCGAAGUAUUAAUGGACCUUUUCGAUGGCGAUCAUAAGCUCCGCCCCCUUAGCCACGUCGCACAAGCUUCCAAAAUGGCGAUUGAACAUUACAUGUUUGAAGACGAUUCCAGAUAAUAUUGCGGUAUGUUUUCUGCAAAAUGCGUCAGACUCGUCCAAGAGAGUUCUACAGAGAGGUCACGCCUAUUUCACGCAUGGAUAUGUAUGCGGAAUUAAGAUUUUGGACGGACCCGGACGUAAUGUUACAGCGUAAUGUUGGCGAUCGAUGCAAAAAAAGUUUGACACCUCACAAACUUCAUAUUGAAAUCCGACAGGAUAAAAUAGUGGAAUCGUACUGCGCGUGUAAAGCAGGCUGAGUACUUUUUACUCGGAAAGAUCACGAGUAAUAUCAUUGUAGUCUUAAUAAGCGAGUGGGUGGAUUCAUUUGACUUGGCUCGUAAUUGAACCCAGUGCUCUGUCUUAAAAGUCUCCCUUACCUUCGAACAUACAGCCUCGUGUUUGUUGAUAUUGUCCACAUUUAGUUGUACGUGCGCUCUUCCGCGAGCCUUAAUCCAUCGUAGACGCUUCGGCAACCGUGUUUUAGGCUUUGGAAAAUGAAUCAACCGGGCCAAGAGCAUCUGAGGACCAUUUUCUUCGUCACCUUAACUUUUCCAAGCGCAAGCUACUGACAAGCAGCAUUGCUUGCGGGACAACAUGGCGGCAGGGGGCGUGUCAAGACAAUGCGGCUAUCUGAUUGGCUAUUAUUGCAUGAGUGACUGACAGGUCGGAAUGGUCCAUUAUUUGCCAAACUGCUGCUUAUUGUAAAGUGAGUCGUAUUAAGUUCACUGCCAUCAAACACUUUGUGUACACAGGCCACAAAAAAAAAAAAAAAAAAACUCCAUAACUUCUCAUGUAUUGAAAAAUGUAAAUCCGGUCAGGUUACUUUAGCCACUUUGCUGGCCUGGUUGAGCUAUGGUAACUCUGGAAAACCUGCCAGAAUUCAGAUUGUGGAUUGUGGCACCUGUCAAAACAAAAAUAAAUGAUUUUAAAUGCCUUUUCCGUGUUUGC